GUUUCGUGCCUGGGGAGGCCCAUCCAAACGAGCCCUCAACACGAAAUCAUAAUCGAGAAUCUUAUUGAGUUGAAUAAAGAAUUUUCAUAAUCGAUGGCGCCCGCCGUCCCCCCGCCCGAGAUGCCGUCUCAGAAUCGUUCGCAGUCUUACUCCGCCGAUCGGUCCUCUUUAUCUCUUGGACGGGACGGCCUCGGAAUUUACACAACACCCGCGGAGAGAAACAGAAACAAUCCUUUGCCCCACGGAGCAAUCGAGAAGUCCUCCCCCGGGUUUCAUCAUAGGUCGACAAGUGGGACCUCGCAGAUUUCCGCUGCAAGUCAUGCAAGUGCUAACACACCGGCCUCGCGAUACGCGCAACCGAUUGGCCAGUCUCCCGUCACCUCGUCAAACCCAAUCCAUGGAAGAUCUGCAUCCGAAAGCGAUAAUGUCGAUAAAAGAAACCGUGGAGGGGAAGCAUCAUUUCAUCCAGGAACCGAUGCUCUCAGCCCCUCGACUCGCGCAACUCCUGGGCAGAGGCCGCGUUUGUCGCUGCAGACCUAUGAUGGUUCAUUCACAAAAUUACCGGGCACAUCUCAAACGAAUGUGGCCACUCGCCGAUCUUUCGGCUACUCUCGCGAACCUGCAAGUACAUUGGAUACAGCCUCUCCUGCUUCCCGAACAUCGUUAGAUUUCGUGUUUCGAUCCAAGACGCGGACGAGUACCGAUCCGAUCUCUCGAGCAGCAACGGUUCAAGCAGCGCGGCAAGCGUUCGAAGAAAAAGAGGCCGCCAAAACACGGAAGCUUGAAGCACAGCAGAUCAAAGCAGAAGAAAAACACUUAAGAAGGAUGGAAAAGCAAUACUGGCGCACACCCUUGAAGGAUGAUGAAAUCGGAGAGCCUACUCCGGAAAAGGAAAAUCCCGAACCCCAUCACACACUCGAGACCCGGCCUUUGCCAUCGCAGCACGAGCCCAAUUCAGGGAAUUGCAAGAGCCCUCGGGAUAUGUGGAUGCACUUUUUAACAUGGCUGCGAACGAAACUUUUCAAGUUACAGCGGAGGAUGAAAAGUCUCAUAUGAUACCUAUUUGUUCAUGUUAAAGCUGCCACGGCCUGAUCAUGUAUCAUAUCCUGUAUUUUGACUUGGUGCACAUAUUUCACCGUCUCUCUUCUCGUGCUUUCGUUCAUAUGGCGAUGGCCGCAAAGUACUUGGUAGCGGCGAUUUCGGCGACGGAGCUGCUAACAGGUGCUGGAAUCGAUCGGCGGAUUUA